AUGGCGAUCGAUCACAUGUCCGUGAAGUGCGUCGUCGUAGGCGACGGAGCUGUGGGGAAGACAUCGAUGCUGAUGUGCUACGCGACGAACACGUUCCCGACGGAUCACAUGCCGACGAUUUUCGACAACUACAGCAAAAACGUGACGCUGCAGGACGGACGAACGGUGAGCCUCGGGUUGUGGGACACCGCGGGUCAGGAUGAAUAUGCGGCGUUUAGACCGCUGAGUUACGACGCGGCGGAUGCGAUGCUGUUGGCGUUCUCAUGCGACUCGCGGGAGAGCUACGAGAGCGUGGAGACGAAGUGGGUACAGGAGCUACGAGCCAAGUCGCCUGGGACGCCGAUCGUGCUCGUGUGCACAAAGAUUGAUCUCAGGGACAGCGCGAAAGGGGUUAUUGGACGGGUGGAGGGGGAGGCUCUGAGCGAGCGCAUCAAGGCGACGGCGUACGUGGAGUGUAGUGCGUUAACGCAGAGCGGCUUACAGACGGUGUUCGACACGGUUAUUGAUGUCCGUUUGCGCCCCGAGCUGUUCGCGAAGAAAGCCCAGGGUGGAUGUUGUUCAAUUCAGUGA